UAAAAUAAAAAUGCCAUGCAUACCAUGCAAAUAAAAACCCAAUUAAAUAAAAGUCCAACUUCCCUUAUAGAAUUAGACCUAAGUCCAGGUUCGACUUUUCAGGAGUCUGAUGACCUGAAAAACAAAAUAGAAAGAAAUCAACCUAAAAAAAGAAGAAAUGUUACUACAUUUCUAAUUAAUAUCAAUUCCCUCUAUUUAAUAUAUACAGAAAGUCUGGGUCUCCAAGAGGCAACAUUCCUAUAAAAAAGAAGCUCAGUGUCGUAAAAAAAGAAGUCCUAGCGUCCUACA